UGCGCUUCUUAGUUUUUUUGGUCUUUUUGUUUGGCUUCCUAUUUUGGUGUUUAGUGUUGCUGUGGUCCUCAACAAAUGGCGAAACCCCAGCGGUUGGGCACCGUUGCCAAGCCCAAGCCCAAGCCCAAGGUCGCUGCGGAGAAGGAACGCAAGGCUCCUGCAAAAACCUCUCCUCCUUCUCAUCCUCCUUAUUUACAGAUGGUGAUGGAGGCCAUUGUUGCAUUGAAAGAGCGAACUGGAUCAAGCUCGCAAGCCAUCGCCAACUUCAUCCAAGCCGAAUAUGGUGGGGGUUUGCCCCCAAACUUCAAGAAGAUGCUCUCUCUUCAGUUGAAGAAGCUGCAGAAGUCUGAGAAAUUAACAAGGGUCAAAAACUCAUACAAGUUAGCCCCUUCUGCCAAGGCCGUGGUGAAAGCAAAGAAUCUCAAGAUAACUGAAGCUUCCAAAUCUAGAGCUUCCCCAAAUUUAGCAAAGGAUGAAGAGUGGGGGUUGGAGAAGGAGGAAGAGUGGGGGUUGGAGAAGAAGAAGGGCGCUAAGUCGAAGCGUUUGAGCCAGGUGAAGUCCCCAAAUUCUUUAAAGGUUUUGACACCAAAAAAGUCCCCCAAGUCUAUCAGAGCAAGGAGGCCAGUCACUAAGAAAGUAAAAGCCUGAUGCUUUAAUAGGGAUUUUAAUUCUAUCAAUGUAUAUGGUCUUUUCUUUAGUGUUUUGUUCUCUCUGCCUUUUAAUUGGAUUUUCAAUUUCUAUCAAUGAACAUGGUGCUGCUUUAGCUUUGCCUGUC